AGCUGGGAGGAAAAGAUGUUUGGCUUUCACAAACCGAAGAUGUAUCGGAGUAUAGAAGGCUGCUGUAUUUGCAGAGCUAAGUCUUCCAGUUCUCGUUUCACUGACAGCAAACGUUAUGAAAAGGAUUUCCAGAACUGUUUUGGACUCCAUGAGGCCCGCUCAGGAGAUAUUUGCAAUGCCUGUGUCCUUUUGGUGAAAAGAUGGAAAAAAUUGCCAGCAGGAUCCAAAAAAAACUGGAAUCAUGUAGUAGAUGCCAGGGCUGGACCCAGUCUCAAGACAACAUUGAAACCAAAGAAAAUGAAAACUCUGUCUGGAAGCAGAAUAAAGAGCAACCAAAUCAGCAAACUGCAAAAGGAAUUCAAACGGCACAAUUCUGAUGCCCACAGCACCACUUCAAGUGCCUCCCCAGCUCAGUCUCCCUGUUACAGUAACCAGUCUGACGAUGGUUCUGACACAGAGCUGAGUGCUGGGUCCAGCAGAACACCAGUUUUCUCCUUUUUAGAUCUCACAUAUUGGAAAAGGCAAAAAGUCUGCUGUGGAAUUAUUUACAAAGGGCGUUUUGGGGAAGUCCUCAUAGACACUCAUCUCUUCAAACCAUGCUGUAGCAAUAAAAAGUCUGCCACUGAAAAGCCAGAACAAGAAGGACCACAAUCCCCAGCAAUCUCCACCCAAGAGGAGUGGUGA